CUUAUUAUUCAUUCUAUGGCAUGUUUUAUGAGCAUGAAUUGAUAGACUGAAAGAAAUGUUUUGUUUUCACUUCAAUGAUUAGUCCUACUCUGUAUUGGACUCUCGCACAGUGCCCUUUUCUAUCCAGUAUGUAAAAAGGAUGAAUACAACUGUUUGUGGUGUCAUGCAUAUCAUUUCUUGAUAGUGGAUAACACAAAAAUACUUUAUUUUAUCCAUAUUAUCUAUUUAUAAGAUUGGAGAACUAUGUCCCAUCUGGAAUUUCAGCAAACUUGGGGUCUAAAAAUAAAAAAAUCUCCAAGCACAAGGCUAUGAAUUGGAGUAGCCUAGAAAGGAGUGCUACUUGUGUGACCUGUAUUGUUCAAUGUUUAUUGACCCAAAUCAAUGUGGCACGGACAAUUCUUGCCUAGUACUGCGCCCGGAGGCAGGAGAAUGAGCAGGAGAGUAGGUUUGAGUGCCAACUCGUCCCAGUUCACCUUGGAGGGAGAAACAUUCCGUAUUCUGGGGGGAUCCGUCCACUACUUCCGGGUCCCUAGAGCCUACUGGAGGGACCGCCUGAUGAAAAUGAAGGCUUGUGGCAUCAACACCCUCACUACAUAUGUACCAUGGAGCUUACAUCAGCCAGAGAGAGGGGUUUUCCACUUUCAAACAGAGUUGGAUUUAGAAGCCUACAUUAACUUGGCUGCUGAGGUAGGACUCUGGGUGAUCCUGCGUCCAGGGCCGUACAUUUGCUCUGAGCUCGACCUAGGAGGGCUGCCGAGUUGGCUUCUUCGUGACGGGAGUAUGAGGUUGAGGACUACACACCCAGGAUUUGCUGAGGCAGUCAAUACGUUCUUUGACAAGCUCAUUCCAAAAGUGGUUCCUCUACAGUUCAAGAAAGGAGGGCCCAUCAUUGCUGUACAGUUGGAAAAUGAAUAUGGAUCAUUUGCAAUGGAUAACACUUACAUGCCUUUCAUCAAGGAGGCUCUACAGUCCAGAGGAAUCAAUGAGCUCUUACUGACGUCAGAUAACCAUGAGGGAUUAAAGGAAGGGGGUGUGACGGGAGUAAUCAGAACAGUGAAUCUACAGAAACUAAAUCAGGGGGACAUCAAGUAUUUGAAUGCUAUUCAGCCCAAUAGCCCCAUGAUGGUGAUGGAGUACUGGACAGGCUGGUUUGAUGCAUGGGGAGACCUCCACCAUGUCCUCGCUCAAGAGGAUAUGGUUUCUGCUGUACGGGAGAUUCUGAGACGCGGCAUGUCCAUCAACCUGUACAUGUUCCACGGAGGGACUAACUUUGGCUUCAUGAGUGGAGCACUGACAAACCCAAUCUACAAGGCACUAAUCACAAGCUAUGAUUAUGAUGCACCUCUGUCCGAAUCGGGAGAAUACACGCCAAAGUAUCACCUUCUCAGGGAUCUAUUCAGUCAGUACCACAGUGAGAAGCUCCCUGAUAUGCCAGCCCUGCGUUGGAAGGAGACGUAUGAGCCAGCCAUCAUGUACCAGCACCUCUCUCUGUGGGACGCCUUGACCUUCGCUGAGGAGCCAUUUAAAUCACCAACCCCAGUCAACAUGGAGAAUCUCCCAGUGAACAGUGGGAAUGGCCAGUCCUAUGGCUAUACCCUCUAUGAGACCAUUAUAACCAGUGGAGGCUCCCUCAAGUCCGGAGACAAUGUACGGGACAGAGCCCUGGUGUUUGUGGACAGACACUACAUUGGCAUUUUCAAGCAUCAGAAUCUGGAGCUAGCGGUGCCUGAUGGAAAGGAGAAACGGACAUUGAGCUUACUGGUUGAGAACUGUGGACGAGUUCACUAUGGGAAAGCUCUAGAUAAACAGCGCAAAGGUCUCGUAGGUGACAUUCUAUUGAACAACACUCCUUUGAGGGACUUCACAAUAUACAGUCUGGAUAUGAAAACCAGCUUUAUUGAUAGCCUUAACCAGGCACCUUGGAUGUCCCUUCCACACGUUCCCACUUUCCCUGGAUUCUUCCUGGGAAGAAUGUUUACCUACGGUUAUCCAAGUGACACCUUCGUCAAGCUACCAGGCUGGGGAAAAGGGGUAGUCUUCAUCAAUGGUUUGAACCUGGGGCGCCACUGGUAUAUCGGGCCCCAGCAAACACUCUACCUCCCAGGACCUUUUCUCAACAGUGGAGUAAACCAGAUCAUUGUGUUUGAAGAGCAGGAAGCUGAUUAUAAAAUCACGUUUGAAGAGACUCCUGAUCUGGGCAUGGCUGCGGACAUUCAGUAACUGCAUGUACAUUGUCUGGGGAUAACUCACCUUAUCGAUCUUGAGCAGAAUAUUGUUCAUCAUUUUAUUGACGUAAAUGUCAUCCAAUCUGUAUUUUUAUUGAAUCUAGUAACGAGAACAAAAUAUCACAGCCUAAAAACAAAGCUAUUUUCAACUGGAAUCAUUGUGUUGGCUAAACAAGUCAUCAACGUCUGUAUGUGUCAUGAUGACAAGUAUUUUGGUUAUAAAAAAUGGCAUGUC